GCGCGUGCGCCGGGCCUCUGUUUACAGCCAUGCGCGCGGUGCACGUGUUGUGGACGCUGUGGACGCUGAGCAUCGCGGCCUGGACGCUGUCUGCACUUCUCCCAGGGAGGAGUGUGAGUGCCCAGAAGCCUCGGCACUGUCCGAUUAGCACCAGGCCGUGUAAAGACAACUCUGAUUGUGUGCCUCACAGCCAUGUGUGUGAUGGAGAUAAAGACUGUGCUGAUGGCUCUGAUGAAGAGGAGUGUUCCACAGAGUGCAGUGCUGGGCAAUUCCAGUGUGCUCAUGGUAAGAUGUGUAUUGAGAAGAAGAAGUUGUGUGAUGGUGUAGCACAGUGUCAAGACAGAUCAGAUGAGCUGGACUGCUUUAACCCGGUGGAGGGCUGCUUUCAUCGUUGUGACAAAAAGCGCUGCCUUUCUGAUUCGUUUAUCUGUGAUGGAGAAGCUGAUUGUGGUGAUGGCAGUGAUGAAGUUGACUGUGGUGAGGAGAGCUGCAGCAGUACAGAAUUUCAGUGCCGCAGUGGUCAGUGUGUGUCCAUCAGCAUGCGCUGUGAUGGUUCCUCAGACUGCAGAGAUCAUUCAGACGAGGAUGGGUGCGUCUCACAAGUGGCAUGUGCUGAUGAUCAGCAACGCUGCCAAAACAACCAGCAGUGUGUGCUGCAGGAGUGGCUCUGUGACGGAGAAAACGACUGCAGAGACGCAUCAGAUGAACAAAACUGUACAGUGUCUGUGGUGCAGUGUGGCGAGUUUCAGUGGCCGUGUACGUCUCAGACGCAGUGUGUUCCUCAGAGUUGGCACUGUGAUGGCACCAAAGACUGCACAGAUGAGAGUGAUGAGGCUGUAUGUGAGCCUGUGUCUUGCCCUCCUGAUCAGUUCCAGUGUGACAGUUCAGAGUGUUUGGACCCUUCAGUCCUCUGUAAUGGUGUCCCUGAGUGUGCAGACAAAUCUGAUGAGGGUGGAGCCUGCAAGAGUGACACAUGUUCUGACCAGUCGCAGUGUGCGCAGGACUGCUACAGCACACCCAGAGGAAAACGUUGCUGGUGCAAGAAAGGCUAUGAGCCGGUGGCCAAUGGUGCGGAGUGUGUGGAUGUUGAUGAGUGUGUGAAGACCCCCGACGUGUGUGAUCACUCCUGUGUGAACUCAGACGGCUCAUAUGAGUGCUCCUGUAAUCAGGGUUACGUUCUAGAGCCUGACGGACACAGCUGUAAGAUUACAGGUGAGGCAUACUUGUUAGCCUCUAUACAGUCUGACAUCUUCCUCAUCAGUCUCACAAGGACCACCCUGGAAGUUCUCUCUUCUGAAAAGCAACCUGUCCUCUCUCUGGAUUAUGACUGGAAGGAGCAGAAAGUGUACUGGAUAAACAUGGAUGCUGAGGCUGUGAUGUGGACAACGCUGGACCAGAAGAGCAGAGGAACGCUAAUCCAAGGAGUCAAGACGGAGUGUGUAGCAGUGGACUGGGUGGGACGGAACCUGUACUGGACUGACAGAACAGAAGGAAAAAUAAAUGCUGUGGGGUUGGUUGGUUUUAAAGUAGAGCCUGUGGUCAUUGUGGAGGAUGAUGUAGAAGAGCUGCGUUCAUUAGCCUUGCUACCUCAAAAAUGUGUGAUGUUCUGGUCACAAACGGGUGAUGAAGCCAAGAUCGAGAGUGCAGGGAUGGACGGCUCGAACAGACGAGUGUUGGUGCGUCAUUCUCUGCACUCGCCCAUGGGUUUAGCAGUAGAUCUGCUUCAGGACCGGCUUUACUGGACCGAUAAGAAAAUGCACUGUCUCGGCUCAGCCACACUGGAUGGAGAUGAUGUUAAGAUUCUGCAGCUGAGGGAGAUUCGCAGUCCGUUCUCCUUGGCAGUGUUUGAAGAUUUUGUUUACUGGACUGAUACACGCAGAAGAACCAUCCAGAAAGCUCAGAAGGUGACCGGAAAGCAGCAACAGUUUCUGCUCAAACGGCUCAGCCAACCAUUCGAUCUCAAGGUGAUUCAUGCCCUGCUGCAGCCGAUUGUCGAGAACCCGUGUGUGUUAAAGCGAUGCUCACAUCUGUGUGUUUUGGCACCUGGACUGGGUGCAGUAUGUAAAUGUCCUUCUCAAAUCCUACUGAAUGAUGAUGGACAGACGUGUUCCAAACCAGAUGAAACCUUCCUUUUGCUCAUAUCCAAUACCUCAAUUUCACAGGUCCAUGUGCCCAGCAGGAUUUCAGUGGUUGGCCUUCAGGACUGGCCACAGCAUCAGAGAUUUGAGCUCCCUGAUGCAAGGGCUGCUUCAGCAGUGGACCUAGUCCUGAGGGAGCAGAUGCUUUACAUUUGGGAUGCAGCUGCUGGUUCUUUGGGCUUGUUUAAACUGAAGCAUGCUGUAACCUGGCAUGGGAUACUGUUUAAGCUGAGAAAGGGCUCGAUAACAGCCAUGGCUGUCGAUUACAUCACACUUAAUGUGUUCUGGAGCUCCAAAGAUCAGCCAGGACUGUAUGUGACCUCAGCAGAUGGAGCACACACUGCCUUGAUCAUUGACAAAGGCAUGGUGCGCUCUGUUGCUCUGCACCCUCCAACAGGACGGCUGUGUUUCAGUAAUUCUGAGCUGCAAGGAACAAGAACUAGUCUGGAGUGUGCCUACAUGGAUGGAGGGAACCGCACUGUGGUUUGGGAUGGAGCCAUUAAUCCAGUCUCACUGAGCCUGUCGCAUGAUGGGACCAAGCUUUACUGGGUUGACACUAGUCUGGGUCUCAUCAACUCUGUUAGAACUGAUGGAUCUGAACAUAAAGAAUUGAGAAGUGAGGAGCCUGUGGUGGCAUUCACUUUAGCCAACAGUGUUCUUAUCUGGCUCACAAAGACCGAUUCCAUAAAGUGCUGGUUCAGUGAGGAUCAUCAGACAGCAAGGAUGUGGUUUAAGGUGAAAGCAGAAGUGCUGGAUGUCAAGGCUUUCAGCAAAGCCAGUCAAGACGACACAAAUUUUUGCUCCAGUGGAAAUGGUGGCUGCAGUCAGUUGUGCUUGCCGUUUCCUGGUGGAAGGACCUGUCGCUGUGGGCGGGGUUUCAUUACUAAUAUGGAGAUGAGCUGCGUCGCUGACCCAAGAUGCCCGUCAGGCACCAAGCCGUGUCUCCGUGGAGACCAGUGUGUACCACUGGAGCAGUUCUGCGAUGGCAAUCCAGAUUGUGCUGAUGACUCGGAUGAGAUAUGUGUUCAAGCUAAAUCUGCUGAGGGUGUAAAACCAAAAGUACAUCCCAACUCAACAUCUACAAUUCCACCAGGUCCAAGAUCUUCUGAUGCCCCUAAUUUAGUGAAGAACAUGGACUCCAGCAUUGUGUCUCCGAAAUCCUCUCCUCCAUUUGUUCCUGAUGCAGUGGACAGGGACAGGCCUGACUCGAACGACAUGAAGGUGGAAAGCGUGGACUCUGAGUCAUGUGGGACUAGGAUGUGUAGCGGAAAUGGCGAAUGUGUGCUGCUGGGUGCACAGAUGACCUGCGAGUGUACGUUGGGUUAUGGAGGAGAGAGCUGCGAGCUUGAGGUUGGAGGGAUUAUGCAGGGGCCAGUUAUUUAUGCCACUGUGGGACUGGCUGUUGGCAUCAUCGUCCUCGGCAUGAUUGUUGGGAUCAUACAGAAAAAAAAGGCUGCAAAUCGGAGGCAAGCAAGACCGAUUGUGAGGGAAACGAGUCUGAGGGAUCUGUCGAACAGAGCAGAGACCACACCCACACACCAGAACAGCAGAUCAACAGACCCUGAGAACCCAGAGGUCCAUUAAAGAUAAAGACAAGUUGAUUUACU